AAUCAGGCAUUAUGAGACCCUCAGCCACACCAAUCCUCCUCUCAACCACAGCCAUCCAUGCUCCCGGGACCAACCAGAGCGGGGCCGUGGGACAACCAGAGCCGUCCUACGCCAUCCUCAAGUUCAUGGAGAGCUUCUGCCUGCUGAGCUCUGUCUGUGGGAUGGUGGGCAACGGCCUGGUCCUGUGGUACCUGGGCUUCCGCAUCCGCAGGAACCACUUCACCGUCUACAUCCUCAACCURGCGGCCGCUGACUUYGGCUACCUGCUGUGCAUCGCYGUGGAGACCGUGCAGUACCUGAUGCAGUUCAACGUGGGCGUGCAGUUCGGGAUAUUUCUUUUCCUGGAUCUCUUCAUGUAUGGCACCGGCCUGUACCUGCUGACGGCCAUCAGCGUCGAGCGCUGCCUGGCCGUGCUCUCCCCGAUCUGGUGCCGGACGCACCGCCCGAAACGCCUGUCUGCCGUGGUGUCCGGCCUGCUCUGGGCCCUGUCCCUGCUCCUGAACACUCUGGGAUAUGUUUUGUGCACCGUUCGUCCCUCUCCCAGGGUCUGCCAGCGCCUGCUCAUCGCCAUCGGAGCCUUGGACUUCCUUGUGUGCGCGCCCCUCAUGCUGUUCUUCAGCCUCACCCUCUUCCUGCGGGUCAAGUGCAGCUCCCAGCCCUUCCAAACGGGCCGGCUCUUCACCGUCAUCAUGCUCACCAUCCUCCUCUUCCUCAUUUUCGCCGUGCCCCUCAGCGUCCUCAUCCUCCUUGACUUCCUGGGCCACAAGUUUCUGUAUUCCCCGGAGAUCGGCUUCGUGCUGUCCUGCGUCAACAGCACCCUCAACCCCGUCAUUUACUUCYUGGUGGGAAGCUACAGGGAUCGGAAAUUCAGGCUCACCCUCAGACUGGCAUUCCAGAGGGCGUUCCAAGACUCGGCGGAUGACAGGGAUGAGCGGGAAACCCGGGACACGGUAACCAUGUCCUCCUAAAAUCCUGUCUGGAAUUCCGAACUGGAGAACUCUGAGGUACUGGGGAAGGUUCAUCUCACCUGGCCCUCAGUUACCCACUUUGUAGAUAUUUUAGGACAUUAUUUUAAGUCCCAUCUGUGGUGGGUGAGAGCACAUAAGAACCUGGACCACAGGAUAUUCCUGACCUAUGUUUGGGCCCCAUUUAAAGUGCCUGUUUCUUU